AUGCUGUCACGUUCUGAAAGUUCUGAAAGCAUAACGUUUCAGGGUGCGAUGAAUGUUUCUGCCGAUCCUGCAGUAACGUUCAACAACAUCGGUGUGAUGGAAAGUGUUAAAGCCGAGGAUGCCAGCGAUACUGCUGCUAUGAUGGUGAUGGGCAUGAGUAGCGAACUACAACAAGAUGGAUAUGCACAGUGCUAUAAACAUGAAAAGAAAGACGAGCAUCCAACAACCAGUGAAUUGUUGUGUGCAGAUGUCGCACAGAAUUCACUGAUAAGACGGGUCAUCGAGGGUUAUCAUCAGCUGCGUUGUGUGCGGCGUACAGCCGAAUCGUCCGUUUCUCGUAAGUCCGUCAUCGCGAUGUUCUCGAAUAGCCCACAGACAUCGGACGCCACAUCUGAGGUGUUAUUUUCAGCAAAUCAAUUCAACAGCAAUGCAGAGAUUGAUCCAAAAUUAUGUAAUACGUUGGCCGCGAUUCGGGAGUCUACGUUCUGCGCGGCGGAUGCUUAUUAUCAGAACGCAAAUGUGGGAAGUUGCGCUGGGCGAGUUGCAUCGCUUGUCAACAUCGCUUUUCAUAUCAAGCUGUUACGUGAACGUUUUCGUGAAGCGAUGAAAAUCGUGCCGUUGGUGAAUGUCUUCGAAGCAGAUCCAUUCCUGUGA